UGCCGUUAGAGCUCCGCGCUCCCUCUGCAUGUUUUCAACCGACAGCUUUCAGCGGGAUUUAAAGGGGAAUCCUUGCAGGACAGCGCGUUCCCGCUGAUUGGCACCUUGACCUUUUGACUGGCAGCGAAUGACAAAGCAAAGGUCAGCGUGUGUGCGCGCAGCCGGCUUUCCGAGCGCAUCUUCACCGCGGCGCAACACGGCGCUCCACCUGGGAUCAUGUCUAAAGGAACAGGCUAAGAGGACAGCAUCAUGAUCUGUAACGAGGUGUUACAUAAUAUCAGGGUAUCCUUGGAAAUCGUGACCACAGACUCGGAGAGCGCAUCUGUUCCMGGCUGACAGCUGGCUUCUUCCUCAACAUCUGUCAACAUUUAUCCCAAGUUGGUCGAUAGCGGAGGAGACAGCUUCGGCUUCKGCAAGGCGGGGAGCAGCGGCGGCGGAGGCGGCGGCGCACUCGGACCGAAGGCAGCAGGCCCGCUGAGAGAGGAGGACUGCAGCACCAUGGACAGCUCAGACAUGGAUGGCAACUAUGGAGGAGGGCUGUUCGACAUGGUGAAGGGAGGAGCUGGGAAGUUCUUCAGCAACUUUAAGGACAACCUAAAAGACACGUUGAAGGACACCUCCACCAAGGUCAUGCACCAAGUCUCCACAUACACUAAAGGGGAACUGGACAUUGCCUACAUUACAUCAAGAAUCAUAGUGAUGACGUACCCAGCAGAGUCGGUCCAGUAUGGGUACCAGAACCAUGUUGARGACAUCCGCUCCUUCCUCGACAGCCGCCAUGCAGACCACUACACUGUCUUCAACCUAUCGCAGCGCAACUACCGYGGGGCCAAAUUCUCCAACAGGGUUAGUGUGGACAUAUCUCAGGAAGCUGUCUCGGAGUGCAACUGGCCUUCGCGCCAAGCUCCAAGCCUUCACAACUUGUUUGCUGUGUGUAAGAAUAUGCACAACUGGCUCAAACAGAACCCCAAGAAUGUGUGUGUCAUCACCUGCUCGGAUGGUCGUUCUCCCUCCGGUGUUCUGGUCUGUGCCAUGUUCUGCUUCUGCCACCUUUUCAACCACCCAGUUCCUGCCAUGCAGCUGCUGAGCGCCAAAAAACCAGGUUCUGGCCUCUGGCCUUCACAUCGCAGGUACAUAGGUUAUGUGUGCAGCAUGGUGUCAGAGAAGCCCACCCUCCCCCACUCGAAGCCCUUGAUGAUCAAGGCGCUCACAAUGAGUCCAGUCCCCUGUUUCAACAAGCAGCGCAGCGGCUGCCGGCCCUUCUGUGACGUCCUCAUCGGCGAGACGAAGAUCUUCACCACGGCGCAGGAGUACGAAAGGAUGCGAGAGCACAGGAUCCAGGAGGGGAAAGUGGUUUUCCCUCUUGGUGUGAGUGUUCAAGGAGACGUUGUGGUUUCAGUCUACCACAUGAGGUCAACAAUCGGAGGCCGUCUGCAGGCCAAGGUGUCCAACACCCAGAUUUUUCAGAUCCAGUUCCACACUGGCUUCAUCACUCCUGGAACAACUAUGUUAAAAUUUAACAAACCAGAGCUUGACGCCUGCGAUUCUCCAGAGAAAUACCCUCAGCUGUUCCACGUCAUAUUGGACAUGGMGGUAGAGGGGGUGGACAAGCAGAAAGACCUGACACCACCAUGGGAGCAGUUCCCCUGUAAAGACCUGAGUCCCAGCGUGCUCUUUUCCUGCCAUCAGGAACAUCAGGACGCUCUGGCUGUUGCAGAGCCKAGCCGGCAACAAGCAGAAGGUCGGGGCCACGGGGAGGAGAGCGAAGCCUCCGACGACGAAAUGCUGUCGCUCUCCAGCCAGCGGAGCAGCAUCAGCACGGCCUCRCAGAGACCAGAACCCCCGGCGCCGGCGCCUGCCGCGCCCCAACCUGCCGAGGAGGUGGACCUCCUCGGUCUGGGCGGGGAGGACAUCAACCGUCCCUGCCACUUGUCUCAACCUCCGACUUCAGCAGCUGUGAGCACCGACCUCCUCGGGGACCUGUUUGGUGGACCACCACAGCCGACCAGUGGACCCUCGUCCACCCAGUCCACUCCACACAAAGUGGCUUCAAACACUGCAUCACCAUCUCCCUCUCCUGCACCAGCGUUUGAUCCAUUUGGAAAAGCUCCCAUGUCCAAGCCUCAGGAGAUGAUGGGUUCAUUCCUCGGACCAGGUAACGUGGGGCAACCAGACCCUUUUCUGCAUGCUGCUYGUUCUCCAUCCCCCACUCUGCAGCCUACAAGCCUGGGUCGAAGUUCCCCCGUCCCACCCAGCACUCCGACUGUCAACAUUCAGCAGCAAAACGCCAUGGGAGGAUGGGACUGGAACAGGCCUGCUACCACAAACACUGGGGCAGGUUUUGGAAUGGACAGUCGAUCAGCUACAACUAGUCCCACAGGCUCAGUCCACAGCACCCCCACCCACCAAACCAAGCCAAACACCUUGGAUCCGUUUGCUGAUAUUGGCAACCUGUCUGGCAGCCUUGGAGGAGGUUCUGGAUUCUCCAGCAAGCCCACCACUCCAACAGGAACAACCCCUUCUUUCCCACCCAUGGGCUCCCCAUCACGGCCGCCGCCAUCUCCCCAGCACGCAGGAGGGUGGCAGCCCCACACAGGAGCUAACUUCUCUUCGUGGCAGGCUGGCGCUGGAGCGGGCAGCGGAUGGCAAGCCCAAGGACAGGGUCCCGCCAGCCAACCAAAGCCGAGCCCCAGCCACACCUCCAUGCCUCACACAUCGCCACAAAAUCGACCCAACUACAACGUCAGCUUCUCGGCGAUGGGAGGAGGUUCUCCCAGCGCAGCGGGCAAACCACAGGCUGGAGUGGGUCCAAAACCCAGAGCCUCAGAGGCUAACUUCGAUGACCUGCUGUCUGGUCAGGGAUUUUCAGGGACCAAAGAGAAGAAAGGACCCAGGACUAUAGCAGAAAUGAGGAAAGAGGAAAUGGCCAAAGAGAUGGACCCUGAGAAAAUAAAGAUUUUGGACUGGAUUGAGGGGAAGGAACGUAACAUCCGCGCCCUGCUGUCCACCAUGCACACUGUGCUUUGGGAGGGAGAGACACGCUGGAARCCUGUGGGCAUGGCUGACCUGGUUACCCCGGAACAGGUCAAGAAGGUCUACCGCAAAGCAGUUCUGGUUGUUCACCCAGACAAGGCAACAGGACAACCAUAUGAACAAUACGCCAAGCUGAUUUUCAUGGAACUCAAUGACGCCUGGUCAGAAUUUGAAAGUCAAGGACAAAAACCACUUUAUUAAAAAAAAAAAGAAAAAAAAAGACAAGAGACAUUAGGAUGUCCCUAACUCUGACAGUGUUCCCUCCUCUGUUCAGCAUACGAUAACAUCUGCCUUUAUAGCUUCGACUCAUGCUUCUCUUUUUGCCACAAACACUUACGGACGGCGGCACAGGACCACCGGACAGAACUCAUGAGUCCAGAUGUCCCCUCUGUGGUCCCUCAGUCUGAAUCAGCUCCACGACUCAUCAAUGAGACGAGACAGAGAGGAAGAGAAGAGGAUCUCGGCAGAUAAGAGAGAGAGAGAGAGAGAAAACACACCAGGAAGCACAACGAGCAAAUAUUUCAUAAAACUGCUCGACAAAAACAGUUCAGAGAUGAACUGAUCUGUGAGGCACAACAAGCAUUCAACGUCUGAGCCGCUCGGCGCGCCGUUUGUUCAGCGCCGGGAAUGGAUCUGCGAGGCUUCCUUUUAAAUCAAAUCCAGUUUUCCAGGCAGCUGAAAGGGUCCUAAAAACAACCAAUUAAAUGACAUUAUCACGUUACUGUACACUGAGGUGAAAAUCAACAGGAAAACAGGCUGUUUAGUUGAUCUAAUCUGRUGUUGGGAAAGUCUAAUUAGCAUGAAAGCAAAGUGCAACAGCUGACUUUAACACAAUCUGUGACGACAGGCUGGGAUUCAUCAAUAUGAUGAGAUUUAGAAUAAAAACAUUGGUUUGUAGAUAAAAAAAGAAGAAAAAUCUAAAUUCUUUUUCUGACUUUUAUUUUUAAAAAUGAGGUGAAACCAAAUGAUGACGUCCUGUCCCCAGUGAAUAAUCCAUCGGAGCCUGUUGUGUCUUCUGGGAAGUCUGGAUUAUGUAUUUCAGCUUCUAACAUGAUGCAGCUUCAKGCCUCGCCUGUGUAUUCUCACAUGAAGUGGUGUGACUCUGCAGAGGAAGCACAAACAUUAUUUGGUGCAGCUUUGAAUCAGUCGCAUGAGUUAUUYGUCUACUUCCUGUUUUAUUUUCAAAAUAAAAUGCAUAUUCUAUCUGUCAUCACAUUCAACUUAAGCAACACAAUCAGAAAGGAUCAGUUUUGACCUCUAAAUAUUUACAAAACUAUCAUUUGCUGCAUCUGUACCUUGUUUUUGCUUUUAAUCUCCUUAAUCCUUUGGUUUUUUUUAGACGUUUCUGUCGCUGCACUAAAGCAUUUAUUUAAAAAUCAACAUUUUUAGCCUUUUUUUCCUGACUUUGCACCAUUUCAUAUCAACACUAAAACACAGGAAACAUGGCUGAAGGGAGCUGCCAGUACUGUUUCUAAUAAUAAUUUAAAUCUAAAGUUAUAUGAUGCUGUUUUAUUAGCGACUGCUGUGAUUGUUGCUCAGUGUGACGGCCUGUUUCCUGUUUGAUCCCAGGYUUUGAAAGCUUAGUCCUGACACUGUUUUAUUGUGUUAAACAAUUUAAAUCUGGGGAUGACAUCAUUAAUAAGUAUACAAAAAAAACCUAAAUGUUCCUGGAAAAAAAAACUGUUUGUUUUUCACAGGCCAAUAAUCCUACAGACUCACCAACAGAAACUAGAUUAAACUGUAAUCCCUUUAUUUUCUGCUCAUCAAUACUUUAACAGUUAAAGGCCUAGUGCUACUUGAAGCAAUACACAAUUGCCCACCGUCUUUCAUGCCAGAGAUGUGCAGUAAAAUCAGCUACUAUCACAUGAAAUUUAAGCAUGUYAUCUGUAAAAUUAAWUGAGUYGGAGCCAUUUUUAUGUUGGCUAAUUUGCUGCAGCAGCCAGAUUGAACUGGUUUGACUCUAAAAGUAUAUCKAAUGAUUAUACCCUGAAAGUUUGUUCGUAAUAUUUUGAUGAAACUGUAAUUUGGUGGUGGGUGAUGGUAAUUAGAUGCAUCCAAUUUUUUUUGCCUUCAUGUUUAUAAGCUUUAAAUUCCCAACUGUCUCCACGCUACUGAGUAGUUCGAUUGAUUGCUCUGAUCCCCCGAAACCUUCGACUGAAUCAGGACUUUGAGCUUAGAUGACUGAAAGUCAGAGUGAGUGCUGUAAAGUUUCAUUUUGUUCACAACAAACUGCAAAAACAGGAGGAAACGUGCGUCUGUGGUCUCUGAAAAGACAGUGGGUCUCAGGCUGAAACUGCUAAACUUGAAUUUUUUUCUUUUUUAAAAAAACAUAUAAGGAUAUAAGAGAAGUGUGAAGUGGCUCAUAUCYAUUUACAGAGGACCUACAUGUGAACUAACCCCCUGUGAGCCCCCCGACUCAAACUGCAGUCUGAGAAGCUAACCUUCAUAACGUAGUCAUUGGCUGUUUGUUGUUUAAAGUCGUGGUGCGUAUGAGUCAGGUUUGAGUACUUUAUGUCACGUGUUUGCCUGUCUGCUGUUCAAGUAUUAUUAAAGUGUGUACAUUUUUUUCUUAGGUUCUGUUUAUUGUUAAAAGAUGUAAAUAAGGAACAAGUGCAGCGCACAACAAUAAAGAGUAAACAGAAGGAC